CGAGAGAUCGACUGCCACCCUUCGAGGGCAGCACCGUUUGGCAGACGUCAGAGAAGCUGUCAAAAGUGCGAGAGCAGGGGAAACAAAUACCGAUAGAGACGAGAUGGUGUACGGAGGAAGCUUCGACAUGGUGGAAACGAUGCCACAAACAGUGCCUACCGCAGCCGGCUAUUCGCCAUCGUUCGACUACAGUACAUUCCAAUUCGAUUUGUCCCUUCUUUCGGACGAUUAUGGCGCAACAAACUCUCAGAACACGAUGAAACCAGCGCAGAUCAAACAGGAAGCACAAUCGCCACGUCCCAGUUCGCCAACCACUUACUCCAGCCCACCUUAUCCAGGUGCUGGUGGUGAACUGUCCCCUAAUUAUUCGUACGAAGGCUCGCCAGAGUAUCCAACGAGCCCUUACUACGUCCCUAGGAGCCCUCAGAGCGCUCAAUUUUACCCAACCAGCCCUGAACCCUCCGCGAAACAACCAGUGAAAAGGGAGAAGAGCCUCGACCUGCUGGCCAUCUUGCAAGAGUCCAGACUCUUAGCAGAGAGCCUGGGCUACAGAGAGGACUCGACCGACUGUACAGUGCCUUGCACGCCACCCAGAACAGAGGAGGACAUCUACAACAGCCUUGACGCGGACUUCUUCGCGAAGAAAGAGGAUACCGCAGUGCAAGGGCACCCGUUGCUAAAGGAAAUCCUCUUCAAAGAGGAGCCACGAUCCAGCUGUAGCAACAGCAACAGCAGCAGCUCGUUGUCGUCCACGUCGUCUAGCACUUCCUCGUCACCGGAUCCUGUGGAACUCGAGAACAGUUCACCGUUGAGGAACUUGUUGUUCAAGGGCACACGAAAGGAUUUCGCGGACGCCGCGAGAACAAAUGUUCUGAAACUUGAGAGAAUACAGGACGAGGUCAGAAAUCCUCUGCAGAAGGAGGAGGAGCUGUUCAAGGACGGGCAAAAGAGCGAUCACCAGUUGCUCAGAGAGGUUCUGAGGGAUACGAGCUUUCAAAGGAAGUACAAUCUGAGACCCGUGGAUCUGGGCAGCGUUGGGACUGGCUUCGUGGAAGACAUGGAAGCUGGCGAAUGCGUCGGUGACCUGACCAGAGAGCAGAUAGAGCCUGUGCUCAGCCUAGCCAUACAACAACUGCAGAAGGACUUCGACAACACCUGCGUCGCGCUGGGUAUCCAUCCUGAACCACGACGCUGGAGCGCUGCGGACGUAGCUGCCUGGAUACAAUGGGCCAGGAGACAACUGCAAUUGCCCUCGGUGCCAUUGGAGAGCUUCAACGUGGACGGUACUACGUUGGCUUCCCUCACCGAAGAGGAAUUCUGUCAGCGAGCCCCUCAGUGUGGAAGCAUUCUUCAUGCACAGCUGGAAAUUUGGAAAGCAGCAGUCGAGGAAUCUCCACGCAACACGCUUGCAGCUUCCUGGGGUCCUGCUGUUGUUCAAACACCUAACAACAAUAACAACACAUCGUCCACUAUUGCAAACGCGGCUCCAGUCAGUGUUAAGGGCUCCUCUUGCAGCGUUGAUAUCUCUGAUGACGAGGACGAGGACUGUGGUUCGUCGCAGACAGGCACUGGCAGUGGCAGCAGCGGCGGCGGCGGCGGCGGCGGUGGCGGCAGUGGUAAAAUGCGGAACGGUGGCUCGCACAUUCACCUCUGGCAGUUCCUGAAGGAGCUGUUGCAGAGUCCGGGUAUCCACGGAUCCUGUAUACGCUGGCUAGAUCGCGGCAAGGGCGUGUUCAAGAUCGAGGACUCUGUUCGCGUAGCUAGGCUGUGGGGCAAACGAAAGAAUCGUCCGGCCAUGAACUACGACAAGCUUAGUCGCAGUAUCAGGCAGUACUACAAGAAGGGGAUCAUGAAGAAGACGGAGCGUAGCCAGAGGCUGGUCUAUCAGUUCUGCCAUCCUUACUGCCUGUAA